AUGGGAGGAACGGAGACGGGGGAGACACACUACAUAUGCCACGAGUGCGGGGAAAGCUUCAGUCAGCACUCAGUCCUUAUCACACAUCAGAGAAUCCACACAGGGGAGCUGCCCUACACGUGCUCUGAGUGCGGGAAAAGCUUCAAUCGGCGCUCACACCUUAUCACACAUCAGAGAAUCCACACAGGGGAGCUGCCCUACACGUGCUCUGAGUGCGGGAAAAGCUUCAAUCAGCGCUCAAGCCUUAUUAGACAUCAGAUAAUCCACACAGGGGAGAAACCCUACACGUGCUCUGAGUGCGGGAAAAGCUUCAAUCGGCGCUCACACCUUUUCAGACAUCAGAGAAUCCACACAGGAGGGAUGCCCUACACAUGCGCUGAGUGCAGGAAAAGCUUCAAUCAGCGCUCAAUCCUUAUCAGACAUCAGAGAAUCCACACAGGGGAGCUGCCCUACACAUGCUCUGAGUGUGGGAAAAGCUUCAGUCUGCGCUCACACCUUAUCACGCAUCAGAGAAUCCACACAGGGGAGAAGCCCUACACAUGUUCUGAGUGUGGGAAAAGCUUCAAUCAGUGCUCAAUCCUUAUCACACAUCAGAGAAUCCACACAGGGGAGCUGCCCUACACAUGCUCUGAGUGUGGGAAAAGCUUCAGUCUGCGCUCACACCUUAUCACGCAUCAGAGAAUCCACACAGGGGAGAAGCCCUACACAUGUUCUGAGUGUGGGAAAAGCUUCAAUCAGUGCUCAAUCCUUAUCACACAUCAGAGAAUCCACACAGGAGAGAAGCCCUACACAUGCACUGAGUGCGGGAAAAGCUUCAGUCACCGCUCUUCCCUUAUCACACAUCAGAGAAUCCACACAUGA